UUAUUUAGUUGGCGAAUAUAUGUACGUCUCUAUAUGUCAGAAUCAGAAUGGUCAACAACAGAAACUAUUACGACUUGUUUUAAUAGUCUAAAGAAACGAAGCAUUCACCAAUUUUGACUACAACUCUCAAAAGCUUUGCUUUGGUUCAGCUGGAAAAUGGAAGAACAAAAUCUAUCUUUGUACGCAAUGAUCCUAUCUAGCUGUUCUGUUCUUCCCAUGGUUCUCAAGACAGCUAUAGAUCUUGGUCUCUUCGACAUAUUAGCCGAAUCUGGUCCUUCAUCUGCCACUCAGAUCGUAUCUCUCUUGUCUAUUCAGACACGAAAACAUCAUGAUUCAAGCUUGGUCAAUCGGAUUCUUCGGUUUCUUGCGAGUUACUCCAUAGUCACCUGCUCUGUUUCCACUAACCACGAUGAGCCAUGUGCGGUCUAUGGCUUAGCUCCUGUUGCCAAGUACUUCACCAAGAACCAAGCUGGAGGUGGCUCGUUGGCUCCGUUGGUGAACUUGUUUCAGGACAAAGUCGUAAUUGAUAUGUGGUACAACCUCAAAGAUUCUGUUCUUGAAGGAGGAAUUCCAUUCAACAAGACACACGGUUCUAGCGCGGUCGAAUUGGUUGGAAGAGACUCAAGAUUCAGAGAAGUGUUCCAAAGCUCCAUGAAAGGUUUCAAUGAAGUUUUCAUAGAAGAAUUUCUGAAGAAUUACAAUGGUUUUAAUGGUGUGAAGUCGUUGGUUGAUGUUGGUGGUGGAGAUGGUUCUCUUCUCAGUAGAAUCCUCUCUAAGCAUACUCACAUCAUCAAAGCUAUUAACUUUGAUUUGCCAACUGUUAUCAACACGUCACCACCUUCUCCAGGAAUUGAGCAUGUUGCUGGAGACAUGUUUAUAAACAUUCCUAAAGGAGAAGUCAUUUUCAUGAAGUGGAUGCUCCAUAGCUGGGACGAUGAACAUUGCGUGAAGAUACUUUCCAACUGUUAUCAAUCGUUACCGUCAAAUGGGAAGGUGAUUGUAGUCGAUAUGGUUAUUCCAGAGUUCCCGGGAGACACUCUCUUAGACAGAAGCUUGUUUCAGUUUGAGUUGUUCAUGAUGAAUAUGAACCCAUCAGGGAAAGAAAGAACAAAGAAAGAAUUCGAGAUCUUAGCUCGCCUCUCCGGAUUUUCUAAUGUCCAAGUUCCAUUCACAUCUCUCUGUUUCUCAGUUGUAGAGUUCCACAAGAACGAGUGAUAUGUAUAAUUUUGAAUAAAAACGUCUUCUUCAAGAUUCACAUUUUACAGACUCAGAAUCUAAGGGUUCUGUUCCUAUUCUACUUGAAUAGUUACAUGAUUGAUUUUAUGCUCUCUCUUAA